AUGGCGACGGCUAAGCCUAACAUGGGUGUAGGUUCCAGCAGUUCAGAGCAUCACACGGGAGACAGUUCGAUGGCGGCCGAAUUCUCCGAUAUGAGUGUCGGGGAUCCGACUCCACUCAGUCCGACGGGCGGGGUCUCGAUUUCGUCCCCGAAUGAUUCUCUUGCAACAGCUAUUGCGGGACCCAGCGGUGGAGAUCAAGCGGUUUCGACACCCGACGGUAAUGGGGAAGCGGCUGACGGCGCUGAGCCUGCCGGGAGCCCCGAGUAUGAGUUGGGCCAUGGUCACUAUUUCACGAAGAAAACCUUUCACAAACCCACCUAUUGUCACCAUUGCACAGAUAUGCUCUGGGGCCUGAUCGGCCAGGGCUAUAUUUGUGAAGUUUGCAAUUUCGUCGUACACGACAGAUGUUUAAAAGUGGUGGUAUCACCUUGUUCUACGAUUGCAAUCAACGUGAUAAAGAACCCCGUGCCACACUGUUGGACCGAAGCGGGCCAUCUGAAGCGCAAGUUCUGUAAUGUUUGUCGUAAACGAAUCGAGGACAGCUGUGCAGUACGCUGUGAAGUUUGUGAGUACUGCGUUCAUCUCGAGUGUCAGGACUUCAGUGUGGCGGAUUGCAAGCAGUGUGCAACAUAUGCUGCCAGUAGGACGAGCAAGCAGCAGUCCCAGCCGGUACAAUACCAUCACUGGAGGGAAGGGAACCUCCCAGCCAAUUCCAAAUGUUACACAUGCAAAAAAGCGUGCUGGUCGGCAGAGUGCCUUGCAGGAAUGCGUUGCGAGUGGUGCGGCAUCACGGCCCACGCAACUUGCUACCGUCUCGUACCACCACAGUGCAAUUUCGGGGUUCUCGAAUCCAUCAUGUUACCACCAGCGGCUGUUUCCAUCCCUCGGACCGAUGUGCCUUUGGAAACCAUCAUCGGAAUGGAAAUGAAGCGGCGAGAACAACAGUUAGCCCGCAGCGCAUAUCCUAACAUCGCACGAAGCAUAUCGGAAGAAUUCUCGUCGACUGGGGGAGAACUGACCAGUCAAAGUGACCGAGCCAACAGGAACAAGGAUAUGCAGGAUGACUACCCUUCACCUAAAGAGAAAGACAAAGAUGAAGAAGUUAUCAAAGUAUUCGACGGCAACACGUCGAUGAAGAAAAAAAUCUUCAGGACAAUCACAGUGGCGCGCAACGCCUCGCGAGAAGCCAUCAUUGCCGCCGCGCUACGAGCCUUCCACAUCUCGGGUGAUCCGCGACAUUAUGCCAUCACAGAUGCGUGUGAAGGAGGUGAAAAAGAACUCCCUGAUUUCAUGCCAGUGCAAAGCCUGACGCGUCGGGAGGGGAAGCGUCCCGCCAUCUUCCUUCGCUACAGACCACCAAAUCCCGACCAGGGCUUUGUCAAGGUGUUCCCCGGAAAACUUCGGUCCGGUGACAUAUUCCGCACUAUACCAGUGACGAGCGACACCUCCGUCGAAGAGAUCAUGGUAGCUGCACUAUUGAAAUUCGGUCUAGACACAUCGGAUAUCAACAAAUUUCGAUUGUCUGAGGUGACAUUGGAUAAGGGUUCGGUGCACGAAAGGGUGAUGGAUAAUCAAGAAUGUCCUUGGGAGCUCCUCAGAGGCAUCGCUCGGGAGUCGAUUCGACAAAAAGAGCUCACCCGAUUCUACUUGCAACAGAAAGAAGAUUGCUACAGUGCAACCGUUGCCCUUUUCAUAGGAAACCUGCCACAAAAUCAAUCACAAAGACAGUACGAAAAAAUCCUGCUCGAUCUGUUAGGAAAACCUUACAAAUUCAAACAGAUCGGACCAAUCUAUUACGAGUACGGCUCGUUGGUGGUCACCUACGAUAACGCCGACAUCGCCGUGAAAGCAUUCUAUAUGUUACGAGAGACUACGUACGAUGAGAAGCAAUUACUAGUACUUCUACUGCCCAGCCUGAUACCGGCAAAUAUUCCACAAGGUGUCCGGCCCCUCUUGGUGUUUGUUAACGUUAAGUCCGGAGGGUGCCAGGGCCUCGAACUGAUAACAUCGUUCCGCAAAAUGUUGAAUCCGUAUCAAGUGUAUGAUUUAGAAGGCAGUGGGCCCUUACCCGGCCUCUAUGUAUUCCGUCAUGUACGUAAUUACAAAAUACUCGUAUGCGGCGGAGAUGGCACCGUUGGUUGGGUGCUGCAGUGCCUCGACAACGUCGGCCAAGAUUCCGAGUGCCAAUCGCCGGCGUGUGCCAUAGUGCCAUUGGGAACCGGCAAUGAUCUCGCAAGGGUCCUCCGUUGGGGGCCCGGCUACACAGGCGGAGGUGAUCCGAUGUCGUUACUGAAGGACGUCAUCGACGCGGAAGAAAUUCGUCUCGACCGUUGGACCGUUGUCUUCCAUACCGACGAGAAGGACGAGAGUAAACAGGGAACAUCUAACAACACAUCCGAAGAUAACACCGCCAUAUUUGUCAUGAACAACUAUUUCGGAAUUGGCAUCGAUGCCGAUCUGUGUUUAGACUUUCACAACGCUCGCGAAGAGAACCCAAACAAGUUCAAUAGCCGUCUGCACAACAAGGGCGUCUACGUGAAAAUGGGUCUGAGAAAAAUGGUUUCCCGAAAAACGUGGAAGGAUCUUCAUCGUGAAGUUCGUCUCGAAGUCGACGGUCGCCCCGUCGAGUUGCCUCAGGUUGAAGGGAUUAUCAUCUUGAACAUUCUUAGUUGGGGCUCCGGAGCAAAUCCAUGGGGCCCUGAGAGAGAUGAUUCGUUUACAAAACCUACACAUUACGAUGGAAUGUUGGAAGUGGUUGGAGUGACAGGGGUCGUGCACAUGGGACAGAUCCAGAGCGGCCUACGAAGCGCCAUCCGCAUUGCGCAAGGAGGUCAUCUACGGAUUCGGCUUCUCACAGAAAUGCCGGUCCAAGUCGAUGGGGAACCCUGGAUCCAACCCGCAGGGGAGGUCGUGGUUCUCCGUUCAGCCUUGAAGGCUACGAUGCUCCGCAAAUCGAAGAUGAAACGCCGCAAUACGGAGCCAAUGCUCGCAUCGGCUGCCUCCGGUGUCGAUAAGCCCGGUAACCUGGACCAGUCGACGACAGACUGA